AUGUCAGCAAAGAACACCAUUACUGUCACCAAGCCCCUACUAAAGGUGGGGUGCACGUUAGGGGAAGGGCCACUUUAUGAUGCAGCAACCGGUGUAUUACAUUUUGUCGAUAUCAUUGAGCAGAAGGUGUAUCACUUAAACACCGAAACCCUCGCACUAGCAACUGAAGUCUUUGAUGAAGCGAUCACUUGCCUUGCUUUGAGAAAGAACGGUGAAGGCCUCGCCUGUCUCACUGCUACAGGCAUUGCGACACUGCAGGGUAAUUCAACGUUGCAUUACCUAGCAAAACCAUUGCCACAGAACGUUGUGGAAGCUAAUUCGAGGUUCAAUGAUGGUGCCUGCGAUCGCAAGGGAAGAUUCUUUGCCGGGACCAUACACUCUAGGACACACAAGGAUAUUCGAGGCCAACUAUGGAUGUAUGACCCGGAAAGUGGGGACUGCCAUCUUGCUGAUGAGGGCCCGUUUACGGAUUCAAACGGGUUAGGCUGGAGUCCAGAUGGCAAGACGAUGUACUUCACUGAUUCCUUGGUGAACAAAAUAUUUGCCUACGACUAUGAGGACGGCAAACUAUCCAACAGACGUGUUGCUGUGGAUGCCCUAGCAGUGGGUCUUCCCGAACAGAGCUUUUGCGAUGGGUUUUGCGUAGAUAACGAGGGCUACAUCUGGAGUGCACGCUGGGGAGGAUCUCAGAUAAACAGGUUCUCCCCGAACGGCGAGCUUGAUACCACGAUACGUUUCCCCACUGUGUUCCAUGUGACAGCUUGCUGCUUUGGAGGCGCGGACCAAGAUAAGUUGUACGUGACCUCUGCGCACUGCGCUGCAAUUGGCGGCGAUGCCACGCGGCAGAAGCAGUUUCCUGACUCUGGUCAUCUCUUCAUGGUGGAUCUGAGGGGGCAAUUCAAAGGAGGGGAAUGGAGGUUCCCGUUCGGGGGCUGA